AUGGGCCUUCCAAUACCCCAAUAUUCCCUGACCGGGUCGUGUUCGGCGUUGUUCAAUAAUACCCUCUUCACAUACUCCGCCGUGGCAUUUCAGUCGUUGACGAUGACGAAUGAUGCGGCGUGGACGACACUGGAUAUGGGGGUGCCAGUCUCCGGAGGAGUUUGUGUUAAGUCGACCCCGGUAAACGAUACGACCGCAGCAGCACUGUAUAUCGUGGGAGGAACCACCAAAGAUACCAGUUAUCAGGGCCUACAGCGGUACACGUUCGCCAACCAGAGCUGGGAAACGAUUUCGCCGACCGUUCCCGUCACCCAAGGUCGACUCUACCACGAUGCUGUGUAUCUGAACCGGUCCGAUUCGAUUCUCGUAUACUCUGGAACACAAGAUGGCAGCAAGCAACUAUCAUCGCAGACAUUCACGAUACAGGCCUCCCCUCCUUUCUCCGUAUUGGCCUAUGAAUCGAUUGCACCUCCCGCGAUUUCGCCCAUAUUACUGCAGUGGAGCGAGAGCAAGGCAAUGUACAUGGGAGGGAGCGAGACCAAUCAAAAGGCCAUGAUCUUCAGCCCUUCGGAAUCAUGGGUCGACUCGAAUGCGACGUUCGCUGCUCCUAUUUACAAUAUCUCAAGUGUGAAAGCCGUCGUCAUCAAUGGGAAUGAUGGUAGCAAGAACAUCUAUACGCUUGAUAUGACAACCUCCCCGAACUCCAUCAACCGGACUGUCUUGAUAGACGCCAAUGGCAAUCCUGUGCAGAAUGCCGCGCCCGUUGAGGAGAGAAGCCCGAAGGAGAAGAGGAAUGAGCUGACGGUGGCUAACUGGCCUCCUUACAACGGUACACUAGCACCCAUGACGACGAGAACGACGUUCUCCGUCGCGAAGGACCAGAGUGGAAUGGUUGUUAUCAGCGGUGGGAACGAGAAGGAUGUCUUGUGCAUUUUCACGGCGCGGAAAAACACAUGGGUCAACGCAACGGCCAAACUCGGAUCCAAGUCAGUGGUAUCACAACAAGGUCUUGGAAAGGGUCCGUCGCCAACAAUCCUUUCCCUAACACCCUCUGCAAGCGCAACGAGUGUCCCUGAUAGCACACCCGUCGUCAUUCCCGCUGAGAGUCCCCGAGACGAUGACCCUGAGAGAAUACUGGGGGCUGUGUUGGGGUCGAUAGGCGGUCUCGCGAUUUUUUUGAUAGCUAUAUUGGCAUUUGUCAGGUGGAGAAGGAGGAGGAAGCAGGCGGCUGAAAAUGAACGACGCGUGAACGAGCUUCAAGGGGAGAAGGACGGGAUGGACUUCGUCGACAGGGGACUGCCAGAGAUGACUCCGGCGAAACGCUUUCCAGGUCACGAGCCGUCGGCAUCCCAAGGUUCCACCUCUUCCAUGGCUAUCAUCAUGGGCCGUGUGGGCGUCAAGACGCAGGAUUCUGAUGAUCGACCCGCGAAUGGAUGGCAAGAUCGCAAGGACCCGAGGGACUUCGUUGAUCAGGGGGUGCCAGAAAUCACUCCGAUGAGACGCUUUCAGGGUCACGAGCCGUCGGCAUCCCAAUCUUCAUGCUCCUCCAUAGCAAUCAUGAUGGGUCGUGUGGGAAAUGGCAGAGGCGACGAGAAGGGGAUCGAGAGCGAAGCGAAUAACGACUUCAACGACUACUUCAAAGCUCCUGACACUGCGUAUCUGGCCGGUAUCCGAGAUGAGAAGACGGUCUCUUUUGCAGAAACAGGGCCAGCGACACCGGGAGCCGGAGCGGGAGCCGGAGGGUCUAGGCCGCGUGGGAGCACCAAGAAUGGGAGACGCGGAAGCACGAGGAGGAGUUCAGGCUGGAACCGGUACUGGUCCGGGGGGGGGAGCUCCCUAAACAUCCUUGGACUCGGCUCAAAGCGGACAACGUACGAGGGAUCGGAUCGGAGCUCCCAGUACUCGAUCGACCAAGAUCAAACGCGGCCCUCCGCAAUCGUACCCCCUUUAAAAAUCACCGGGGAUAGGCCAGAGAUCAGCAGUGUGAUGUCUUACAGCCCUACGGUGCAGUCGCAUCACCCGAUGCCAGGCGAGAUGGCUGGGAGAAUUGGACGAUCGGGGUCUAUUCGAAGUUCAACUUCUUCCGAGCACGAUCGACACGAUGCAUUCUCAAGCGGUGUCCCAGAGAGUGUUGAUGAGCAGCACUGGACCCCUGCGGAUGGGGCCGCUGGAUGGCACAAUCGCGCGAGCGAAUACUCGGAGAGUAACUAUGCCACGACGGUGGGCCGACGCACCGAGGUUUAUAGUUAUGACAACGAGGCCGCCACGCAAUUCCCUGGGUCACAACACCUCCACCCGCUCCCCCGAAACGAUAUGAGUUGGUUGAACCUCGGUGACACUCGAAUAUGA